GACUCGACAAUCGCCGCUACUGGAAAAGUAUCGAAGGGACACAACCGUCGACCGAUACGUUCUGGUAAUCCCCUUCCUCCCCAUCAUCUGCCAUCUAUUUGUCGAUUUGUCUUGACCAAAUGCUUAUGCAUAUCGAGCCUUCAGAAAGAGCUUGCUCGACCUAUCUCUGCAUCUCGAUCCUUCUACGCGCUUGUCAUGGAGGUUCUGGACAUCACAGGGAGCGUCCAUCCCACGCCGUCCCACCAACCAUUUUAAGGCGAUCACGCCACGUCGGGGGUCAAAAUCCAGUCUCAUUGUUGUCGAAUUUAUCUCCGUCGAUGAGAUAUGGUAUUACAAAGCUUGGAUGAGCCUGAGCUCGUCCUAUCUCAUCAACGGAGUGAAGAUCAUACCGUAAUGAGGCUCUAUGACGCAGCGAUACCGGCCGCCUCGAAAUAGUUUGUGGAACGACGUGGGGAUGAACGCUCAUUGAUGUCAACGACCUCCCAAACGAACUCGUAGAAGGCCCAAGAUGCGGAGAUAGGUUGAGCAAGCUCCUCCAGAAGGAUCGAUGUGCUCACGACCGAGCUCAUGGUAUUGAGUUGAGGCCAAUCCCAUGGUGACGGCGAUCGGUGGUGUGAAGGGCUCAUGGGUCUAAAUUAGGGUUUGCAAAAAUUGGGAAAUCAUGUGUAGGAUCUGUCGGGCAAAAGAUGGCUCCCAUGCAUGGUUGUCAGAAUCGCGAUUCGAAUCGUAGAAUCGUAUAAUUCUACGAUUAAAGGAGGAUCACCGAUUCUGAUUCAGCUAGGUGAGUCGGGAUUGUAGAAUCAGAACCGAAUCGCGUGUUGAAUCGUAGAAUCGCAGAAUCGGGCCGAUUCUGCGAUUCUACGUUCAGGCUGGAUUCGGCCCAAGCCCGGGCCCAAUAAGCGGGCCGAAGCCUGGACUCGAAACCCCUCUCCCACCCGCCCUUCUUCCUCUUUUCCUGUCAUGAAACCCUAAUUUCUCCCCUGCUGAAGUCCUUCCAAUUCGACCUUCGAACGUCUUCGACGAAAUCUUCGAUAGUUCGAUCCACCUACUUGCUUCGAUUGACGGUCCACCACCUUCUUCUUCCGAGAAGCUAACUUGUCCAAGCUUCGAUUGCGGUUGCGGACCUUGCGGUUACUUCCUCUGCAUUUUCCAGGUUUAUCAGCAUUUAUGGGAAUUCUCAGACUCGCGAGUCGCGUUACUGCAGCCAAUCUUACCCGAAGUCUCAUCUUAUUCCUCUUUGCCGUUGUCUUUGCUGUCGUUGAGCUCGCUGCAAGAAAUCUGGGUAGAAUCUUACGAUUCACGAUUCAAAUUGCGAUUCAUGAUUCUACGACCCUCGACCGAUUCUAGGUAGAAUCGCGAUUCUGACAACCUUGCUCCCAUGAGCUUCCGGUUUGGAGGAGGACCGCCGAAGAUGGCUCCCAUGAGCGCCAUGUUUGGAGGAGGCAUUGGCUGGAAGCCUUUGAAAACUUGGUGCCAACUACAUCCUUAUGACGCUAAAUCCCGACUCGAAGACAUUACCAAAGACCUCAUUGGGGCACUAUCCCAUAAGCAUAGCCUAGGAGCAUAUCACCGGAAUUUGUCGAAGGGGAUAUGGAUGGAUGACAAAAAUCAACCGUUUAUUUCGGAUGAUUUCAUAAACCGAGAACCAAAUGCUGAAGUUUCAAGAUAUAUACGAAACAAGCAAAAACGAAACAUAAGAGAUCUACGGGACCUGCUGAGAGAGAUACGUCGUCAACUCAAGGAGGUCCAUCAGAUUGACACCCAACGGCAGGACGGGUUUCUGGUUGAACUAUCUCGCGCAAAGAGCAAACCUUUUCUUUGGCGUAUGAUGGGAUACGGUCAUCACCCGUACUUUUGGUCUGAACGCGAUGAGGUUGGUUUCAUGCUUGCUUAUCGGCGCAGCAUUCAGGGACUGAGCUGGGAUUCCCUUGACAAACAUGAGCAGGCAUGCGAGGAGGCCUUUGGACCGGAUUGGACAGCCGGAAUCAAGGAGGGUACAAUCUUGGCGAACGCUGCUAGAACCACUGUUUAUGGAAAAAAGGUCGUGCUGGAACCGGGCAUGAUAGCAAAUAAAUACCAACGCGCGAGUGGCGCCAUCCCACUCUGGCUGAAUGCAUAUGAACACUUCGGAGAGUACCACGAGGAGCAGGGCUUGACGGAGUCACAAAAAGGGCGGUUGGUAUCGGAAGGGCUAGAUGACUUUAUAUUGAAGGCCUAUCAUUCCGCGGUGAACCUUCUGCCAGAUUUAUACAAAGAUGAGAAGAAAGAUAUGAUUGAAACGCUAGGCUGGUCUGGGAUCGCCUCAGGCCCUACCCCUUCGCUAUCGAUCUUAACUCCUCUGCCGCUACUCAACGGCUGCUCCAUCUCCCCGGCGGCCCUGCCUUCACCUCCGCCUUUCCCGAGCCGGCCCCUGAAGCUCCUCGGAUCAGAAAAAAUCUCUUCAUUCAGAUACCUCACGCGGACACUGUGCCGUGAGCAUCGCCGAGGAGCAUACCACCGGAAUUUGUCGGAGGGGAUAUGGAUGGAUGACAGAAAUCAACUGUUUAUUACGAAUGAUUAUAUAUACCCAGAAGGAAUUGAAAGAGAAGUUUCACUACGAGACAAGCAACGCGAAGACAUAACAGCUCUAGGGGUACGGCUGGAAGAGAUAGUUGGUCAGGCCGGUCGGAUUGACACCCGACAGGAGCACGCGUUUCUGCAUGAUCUUUCUCGCGCACAGAGCAACCCUCUUCUUUGGCUCUUGUUGGGAUGCGGUCAUCACCCGUACUUUUGGUCUGAAGCCGAAGAGUUUAAUUUCAUGCUUAAUUAUGGGGCCUUCGCUAUGGAUCUGGACGAGGAUUCCCAUAAGAAAUGGAAGAAGGCAUGCGAGGAGGCCUUUGGACCGAAUUGGACUGCCGAAAUCAAGAGGAAUACAAUCAUGAAGGACGCUGUCAGAACCUAUGUUGUUCAAAAAACGACCAAGCUGAAAUUGGGCGAGAUAGCAAACAAAUACCGACCCGCGAGUGGCGCCAUCCAACUUUGGCGUAAUGCGUAUAAACACUUCCGAUAUUACUCCCAGAAACGGAGCUUGACGGAGGACAAAGGGCGGUUGGUAUCGGAAGGGCUAAAUGACUUUAUAUUGAAGGCCUAUCAUUCUGCGGUGAACCUUCUGACAGAGUUAGAGGAAGAUGAGCGGAACAUAUUGCUUGAAAAGCUAGGCUGGGUUGGGAUCACCUCCGGGGUUGGUGGAAUGGUAGACGGGCCAGUACUUCCGGGGAGGCUCAGCAGUCCAUUGGCGGAGGAGAGCCGGAAGAGGCGACGAGAUUAGAAGUCAGUUCUUGGUCCCUUCCUCGGUGAUGCUCUCUGGCCUGUGGCAGAGGGGCAUUUGCUGCGAUGGCCACGUUUGUGAAGACAGACGAGAUGUUGGCACCAAAAGGACUUUCCAUGACUAUCUCACCCCUCGGAUCUGUCUGUGCUGUCCUCCUCGCUACCCAUUCCUCCCUGGUCACUCGGGUAAUUAAUGUUGUCCAGGUUGUUUAGAGAUCAUUUCUCAUUUUCCUACUCGGCUGGAAUUAUCAAUGGGAAUUCUUGUCUGUUCAGUUUCAUUUUGAUUAUCAUUGUCGAUUUUGCUCUUUAAGUUCCUUCACAGAAAAUGACAAAGUGCCUGCCUUCUAAGCUUAUAUACAUUAUGGCGCAACUCCCAGAAUACAUUCUGCUCUGUCUUUCUCACAGUUUAUGAUAGAAUAAUCCAUUGCUUUGGGGAUGCAUAUUGAUGCAGCUUACAUCUUUCAGUGUGUGCUCUCAGUUACUUUCCACUAAUUCACCUUCCAAGCACUCACUCUCCCCCUCUCAUAAAUGUCUAAUGCUUGCCAAUCAUUUGCUUCAAAUUGCCUGAUUGCGUAUGACUGACCAAUCCGACUGUUUGUCUGAGAUAAAUUGCCUGCUCUUUUAAUGAUUUUAGUCUAGCUGCUCUUCACUAACCCUUCCUCCCCAGGAGCUCAGGUAAUUAUUAUGCUGUCUGAGUUGUUUAGAGAUCAUUUCUCAUUUUCCAUGAUGUGGCCAUGAACUUAACCCGCAUCUUCUUUUCUAACUGUACUGCAGGAGUAUAACUUGUUCACGGCUCUCAUAGGUCGUGCAGCGGCUCGCUAGAUCCGCUGCACCUGCUGCAUCAAUAGCUUUUGUGGUCUAUAUUCGCAGUACUCAUCUGCUUGAUAAAUACUCUCAUAGAGCAUUGGUACUGAUCGUUCAGAUUCCAGUUUAUCACUUUCUGUCUUAACAUUUCUUGGUGAACUGAACACAGCUGCGAGCUUGCCGAUUCUCUUCAUCUUCGUGGCCAAGUUGCAUCACUUGAAUUACUUGUACGCCUUUUAUUCUUUUUUACUGUAAGUUUCUCCACCAUUUAGAGGUUGAGAUAUCUCUCAGGAACUCAAAAAAUUGAAUAUUCAAUAGAAUUGCCAUCAAAUACUAGUUUUAGAUCAUGAUUUCCUCUU